GCAUCUGAGGUCUUAUAAAAGUCGCACUGUCUCCCUCUCCCGCUCAUUCUUCCGAAGUUGGAUCGCCAGCAUGAAAACUGUCAUUGCAACAACUGUUCUCGUGGUUGUGAUGGGGGCAACUUACGGCUUCUCUGCCCCAGGGAGGCAUGGCUCUGCCCUCCGAGCUGCUAGGGAGGCAAAGGAACAGCCCCUUGCUCGAAUUAAGAGGGAUAUGCAUGAACAUAAUGAAACCCAUUGGCACGAAGAGGAGCAUCAUGAUCAGGACUAUGAUGACAGCCAUGAGCACGAUGAUGACGAAGGGCACCAUGAUGACAGCGAUGAUCACGAAGGGGAGCACCACGGUCUUGGCCACAACGGAACCCAUAUCUUUAACGCUACGGAACAUCACGACAGUGAUGAGCAUCACGGAGAGGGGCACGAUGGUGAUCAGGACUAUGAUGACAGCCAUGAGGACGAAGGGGAGCACCACGGUCUUGGCCACAACGGAACCCAUAUCCAUAACGCUACGGAACAUCACGACAGUGAUGAGCAUCACGGAGAGGGGCACGAUGGUGAUCAGGACUAUGAUGACAGCAUGAGGACGAAGGGGAGCACCACGGUCUUGGCCACAACGGAACCCAUAUCCAUAACGCUACGGAACAUCACGACAGUGAUGAGCAUCACGGAGAGGGGCACGAUGGUGAUCAGGACUAUGAUGACAGCCAUGAGGACGAAGGGGAGCACCACGGUCUUGGCCACAACGGAACCCAUAUCCAUAACGCUACGGAACAUCACGACAGUGAUGAGCAUCACGGAGAGGGGCACGAUGGUGAUCAGGACUAUGAUGACAGCCAUGAGGACGAAGGGGAGCACCACGGUCUUGGCCACAACGGAACCCAUAUCCAUGAUGCUACGGAAGAUCAUGGCACUCAUGAGCAUCACCAUGGUCAUUCUACUGUCCCUGUCGCCAUUGCCCCAUGACUGUUUUGGCGACAAUAAGGACGAUGGGGAAGGUGACAACGACAGCGAGAAAGAUUACUGAUCUUAUAUUACACUGAUAUAUUGUAUGCUGUAUACAUUUGCAAAUGCUAACAGACAAAUGUAAUUAUAUGGAUGAUAAUGGUGAAAAUGAUAGCAUCAAAUUGUCAUAUUAUAAAGAAUAAGAAAAAAGGUAUUGGCAAGAUAAUCUUAUGAAAUAAAUGUAUAACGAUGAGAAAAUGAUAAGUAAAAUGAAUUCAGGAUUAACUAAUACCAAAAUAUGUCUACUUCUCAUUUUAUUUAUUUCACUGUAUAAGUAACGUAUAAACGGAUAUUCAAAAUCAGUGCUGUAUUGUAAAAGAGAGAUGAAUAAAGUUGAUGAAUGCA